AACCUUUGACAACAGAAAGCUGUUAUCGCCAUCCUUAGUGUUUGUACGGAAAUCUGUCUGCCCUCUCGGCCCACCUUAUUCCUCCAACUCCGCUUCCCCGCAUAGAUAUUCUAAUCUGUAUAACUGGGAAUGACAUGAAAAAGAAGUCAGGUGGCUUAGAGAAUGAAUUCUUAAGUCUCCGUGAAGUUUGAGGUCACUUUCAUGAAUUCAAAGGCAAUUUACCAGUAAUUUCUGGGUGCUGGGGCUGAUUUUUUGUGCAUAUUUAAGAAUGUCUUCCAAGCAAGCCACCUCUCCAUUUGCCUGUGCAGCUGAUGGAGAGGAAGCGAUGACCCAGGAUUUGACCUCAAGGGAAAAGGAAGAGGGCAGUGAUCAACAUGUGGCCUCCCAUCUGCCUCUGCACCCAAUAAUGCACAACAAACCUCACUCUGAGGAGCUACCAACACUUGUCAAUACCAUUCAACAAGAUGCUGACUGGGACAGCGUUCUGUCAUCUCAGCAAAGAAUGGAAUCAGAGAAUAAUAAGUUAUGUUCCCUAUAUUCCUUCCGAAAUACCUCUACCUCACCACAUAAGCCUGACGAUGGGAGUCGGGACCGCGAGAUAGUGACCAGUGUUACUUUUGGAACCCCAGAACGCCGCAAAGGGAGCCUUGCCGAUGUGGUGGACACACUGAAACAGAAGAAGCUUGAGGAAAUGACUCGGACUGAGCAAGAGGAUUCCUCCUGUAUGGAAAAGCUACUUUCAAAAGAUUGGAAGGAAAAAAUGGAAAGACUGAAUACCAGUGAACUUCUUGGAGAAAUUAAAGGUACACCCGAGAGCCUGGCAGAAAAAGAACGGCAGCUCUCCACCAUGAUAACCCAGUUGAUCAGUUUACGGGAGCAGCUUCUGGCAGCGCAUGAUGAACAGAAAAAACUGGCAGCCUCACAAAUUGAGAAACAACGGCAGCAAAUGGACCUUGCUCGCCAACAGCAAGAACAGAUUGCAAGACAACAGCAGCAACUUCUGCAACAGCAGCACAAAAUUAAUCUCCUGCAGCAACAGAUCCAGCAGGUUCAGGGUCACAUGCCUCCGCUCAUGAUCCCAAUUUUUCCACAUGACCAGCGGACCCUGGCAGCAGCUGCUGCUGCCCAACAGGGAUUCCUCUUUCCCCCUGGAAUAACAUACAAACCAGGUGAUAACUACCCUGUACAGUUCAUUCCAUCAACAAUGGCAGCUGCUGCUGCUUCUGGACUCAGCCCUUUACAGCUCCAGAAGGGUCAUGUCUCCCACCCACAAAUUAACCCAAGGCUAAAGGGCCUAAGUGACCGUUUUGGCAGAAAUUUGGACACCUUUGAACAUGGUGGUGGCCACUCUUACAACCACAAACAGAUUGAGCAGCUCUAUGCCGCUCAGCUGGCCAGCAUGCAGGUGUCACCUGGAGCAAAGAUGCCAUCGACUCCACAGCCACCGAACACAGCAGGGGCAGUCUCACCUACUGGGAUAAAAAAUGAAAAGAGAGGGACCAGCCCUGUAACUCAAGUUAAGGAUGAAGCAGCAGCACAGCCGCUGAAUCUCUCAUCCCGACCCAAGACAGCAGAGCCUGUAAAGUCCCCAACAUCUCCCACCCAGAGCCUCUUCCCAGCCAGCAAAACCAGCCCUGUCAAUCUGCCAAACAAAAGCAGCAUCCCUAGUCCCAUUGGAGGAAGCUUGGGAAGAGGAUCCUCUCUAGGUAAAUGGAAAAGUCAACACCAGGAAGAGACUUAUGAAUUAGAUAUCCUAUCCAGUCUCAACUCCCCUGCCCUGUUUGGGGAUCAGGAUACAGUGAUGAAAGCAAUUCAGGAGGCUCGGAAGAUGCGAGAACAGAUCCAGCGAGAGCAACAGCAACAACAACCACAUGGUGUUGAUGGGAAACUGUCCUCCAUGAAUAAUAUGGGGCUGAACAACUGCAGGAAUGAAAAGGAAAGAACACGCUUUGAGAAUUUGGGGCCUCAGUUAACAGGGAAGUCAAGUGAAGAUGGAAAGCUGGGUCCGGGUGUCAUCGACCUUACUCGGCCAGAAGAUGCAGAGGGAAGUAAAGCAAUGAAUGGCUCUGCAGCUAAACUACAGCAGUAUUAUUGUUGGCCAACAGGAGGUGCCACUGUGGCUGAAGCACGAGUCUACAGGGAUGCCCGCGGCCGUGCCAGCAGCGAGCCACACAUCAAGCGACCAAUGAAUGCAUUCAUGGUUUGGGCGAAGGAUGAGAGGAGGAAAAUCCUUCAGGCCUUCCCCGAUAUGCAUAACUCCAACAUCAGCAAAAUUUUGGGAUCUCGCUGGAAAUCCAUGUCCAACCAAGAGAAGCAACCUUAUUAUGAAGAGCAGGCCCGGCUAAGCAAGAUCCACUUAGAGAAGUACCCAAACUAUAAAUACAAACCCCGACCAAAACGCACCUGCAUUGUUGAUGGCAAAAAGCUCCGGAUCGGGGAGUAUAAGCAACUGAUGAGGUCUCGGAGACAGGAAAUGAGGCAGUUCUUUACUGUGGGGCAACAGCCCCAGAUUCCAAUCACCACAGGAACAGGUGUUGUGUAUCCUGGUGCUAUUACUAUGGCAACGACCACACCAUCGCCUCAGAUGACAUCUGACUGCUCUAGCACCUCGGCCAGCCCAGAGCCCAGCCUCCCAGUCAUUCAGAGCACUUACGGCAUGAAGACAGAAGGUGGAAGCCUAGCUGGAAACGAAGUGAUUAAUGGAGAGGAUGAGAUGGAAAUGUAUGACGACUAUGAAGAUGACCCCAAAUCAGACUAUAGCAGUGAAAAUGAAGCCCCGGAGGCUGUCAGUGCCAACUGAGGAGUUUUUGUUUGCUAAAUGAAAAUACUCUGACAUUUCACCCCCCUCCCUAACAAAAAGUUCUUAAAGAGCCCGCAUGCAUUUGUGGCUCCACAAUUACAUCAGCAGAAUGGUCUUAAUUGUUUCGUAAAGUGUGAGACAGAUUAAGUUUUCCCUGAUUUUUCAUGAACUUGAGUUUUUUGUCGUUAUUGUUAUUGUUGUUGUUGUUUUUAUAAUUUAGGUGAAGACAUAUUAAAUAUGAGACACCAGGACUUGAAAACUUAUCUCAACCCAUAGCUGUCUUACAAGUCUUAUAUUUUUGUCUUACUUUUUUUUUUUUGGAUGUUUGAUAAAGGUUUAAGUUACUGUUUUAGAUGGGGUUAAACAUUCUCACUCAGGUAUGCUGUGCCGGCCUACAGGUUGUGAAUGUGUUUUUAUUCUGAAUUAUUUUAGAAAAUAACUGAGGAUUUCAUAUUGUGAAACAGAACAAGUCCACAGCGUGUGCAGCUGCAUGUAGAGCAUAUUCAAAAGGCCUCGGAAUUCCAUUUUUCCAUGUGUAGAGUUAAAUUUUGAAUGUGCCAAACUUUUUCGUAACUUUUGAUUCUUAAUAUUUUGAAAGUCUUAAAGGAGACACUGCAAAGUCUUAGACAAUCUUUGGCAUCUUAAAAUAAAAUAGCAAACCACACUUUUUUUUUUUUUCCAGAAAAUGAUAAAGUACUCAGGAAUCUGGAGACAAGAUAUUGUAAGGAAUUAAAAAGGUUGCCACAGUGCAUGUACCCAUUUGUGUUUGCCUCUUGACGUGCCAUCAGUGCGUGAUGUGGUAUGACGUCCACACACCAGAGCAAUCCCCACGCCAGAUACCGACACGGUGGUCUUCUCUGCCUGAGACCACCUCCCACUACAUCCAUUAUCCCUUUGCCUUUAACCCUGACAUUCAGUCUUAACACAUUUUCUCUUAAAUAAUUUAUUCAUUCCAGAAUGUCAAGGGUCCACUUACUAUUUAUUUUUUAAAACGUUGUUGGUGGCAUUAAUUUAAUAAUUCUUGUUUUUCAACCUCCUUCCCCGAAGAACUUUCCAGCCCUUUCACCUCCUUCUCCUGCUAGAUACAAAAGAUGUACAUAGUGAUUUUAUGUCCCCAGAGCAUCUGGAAGCAUUUCUGAAACAAGAUACUAUUAAAUACCUAUAUUAUUGUUUUUAAACACAAGUGUAUAUCUGUCUACAGGGCUGUGUAUUUGGGUAUAGGUGUAUAGUCUUACACUCAAACAGGUAUGCCCCUGAGGUUCACUGUGACCUCAAAUAUUUUACCAGAACUUCCCCCUAAUUCACUUCAACAACAAGUGGUAGGAUCUGCAUCAGUGGCAUUUCCCCCUGAAUUUCAUUCACUAACAAGGGUCAGCAGUGGUGACUGCCAGGCAGGACAGUCCUGCAGCCAAACCUGAAGCCAAGGCGUGCAGGCCGUGUAGGAGUCUACAGUGGAGCUGUCAUGGGCUGGCACCUUUACACUGAGUUGCCUUGUCCCAGCUGGCAUAUCCAGGGAGUUCU